CACAAACUAACUAAACUACAUUUCUGUUCAUGGCAUUAAGGAAGGGCAACAUGCGGGUGCGUCGUAGGGCGUUUUCUUGGGUGUAGAUUCAAUUCAGGAGAAACGAAAAUGAUCAAUACUAAGUUUCAGUUUCGAUUCUGGCUCAGGUGUUGAGCUUACCUGGGCAUGUAAGCAAAGGGAAACCCAAUAUAAGCUUCGCUAUGACAGUGGACACAUCGAAUAAGCCAGAAUGUUUUCAUGGGGAGAAAUUCAUUUAGCAAAGCCGAAUGAUUUGGCGGAAAACCGAGAGUCAGAGAAUGGCAUUCAGUUCGUACCAACGACCAAACCAAUAAUAACAAGUUUCUCUGCGAAUAAUUCAACGGUAACGUUUACCAAAAGUGAUGGAAGGGCAUAUUUUCUUCGUCGGCAAAGGAACCACGAUGGAAAUGGGAGAUUCGGGAAAACCAAGAGCAUCAAGUGCAAACACGUCGUAGCUUCCAGUUCAGGAGACUCUGGUCUUCUCCUGCUGUCCAGGGAUGGCUCUGUCGUCUUUGUGGACCUCAGUGCACCCGCCAUUCCAAGAUCACUCCAAAACUGCAUUAAGAAAAGGAUCAUUCAGGUCGCAUGUGGAGAACAACAUUCCAUAGUUUUAACUGAAGAUGGACAAGCAUUGUCUUGGGGCAGCAACACUCGGGGGCAACUGGGUCUCACCCUCCCAGAGACCUCUGUCGUCCCGUCCCCUACACCAGUGGCAGCCCUGUCAGGGGUACCCCUAGUCCAGGUCACCGCUGGGGGAGCCCACACUCUGGCCUUGUCUGUCUCUGGAACCGUAUUUGGCUGGGGGCAGAAUGACGCCGGGCAACUGGGUCUUGGAGACAUGACAGACAGAUCUACUCCAGUGACAGUUGAGUGCCUCAACCUUAAGAAGACCGUUUCUGUUUCUUGUGGUGAAAGACACACUGCUGUUCUGACAAAGGGAGGCGUGGUGUUGACCUUUGGCAGCGGUGGCUGUGGGCAGCUGGGACACAACUCUCUGCUGAAUGAGCUGACCCCUCGUGUGGUGGCUGAACUCUGGGGCGCAGCGGUCACCCAGGUCUCCUGUGGCAGCAACCACACCAUGGCAUUAGUAGGCCCAACAAAGAAGAUCUAUUCAUUUGGUCGUGGAGAAGAAGGCCAGCAUGGAAACAGGCUCACCACAGACUGUUUGGUGCCUCUGCCUGUUCUGCUGCCUCAUGAUGACCAGAAGAAUGUUGAGCGAAUAUUUGCUGGAGGAAACCAAUCUUUGGCCCUUUGUUCUCUCAGUCAGGAGCCUGAGAAGGAUCUUCCUGGGAUUAUUACAGCUCUGGAUAUGGACACCAUCGACUUCUGGCUCUCAAACUGUCGGGAUGCGAAAUCAUGGCGUAAAAUUAGAAAACAGAUCAAGGAUAUAUUCUCAUCCACAUCUUCCUUGAACGCCAGCUUUCUUGACAGAAGCGCUGACAAGCACUACCAGACCUCACCCAGGUGCUCUGGCUUGGACUUGGUUCUUGUCAAAACAGCUUUUGCCAAGCUAGCAAAAAACACUGAAGUGCUACAGGAGGUGGAGACCGUCGUCCGAGACUGUCUCCUGCCCUCGUUGAGUGGGCAGCCGGUCGGGUUGGAAGGCCUGAGGGUUUACUACCUGCUCGUGGAGCUGCUGCAAGUGCUCCUCAGAGACAACUUUGGUGAAAUGCUCUCCGUGAGGGUGGCUGAUGCCUUCCUCUCUCUGCACCAAGACAGACUGGAAGUCCUCGUUCGACUAUGGUCCUGGACACAUCGCUUCUUCCGAUCUGCAGUGAAGACGUUCUGUAAAGCAUCCAGGAAGCUCCUUUCAUCAUUAGAUGUGGAUUACAAAAAGCAAGCCGACUUCUUUAUGAAGACAGCCCGGGUUUUGCAAAGGCUUCAUUCUGCCAGCAGUAACGGUUCAUGGCGCCUUGCAGAAAGUGUUUUCCAUGUGACGACAGUCAAAAAUACCAUCGAGAUGUUUGAACAACUGUCACUCAGUUGUAACUCAAUCCAGCAGUAUUAUCCAUGGUUCCUUCCUGAACUUAAUGAUGAAGAACAAAGGACACUGAUCAAGCGAGAUUAUUAUCUGAGUAUCCUGUUGCCUCUGAUGAAGUACCCUUGCAUUCUACCCAUAGAAUGCAAGCUGAAGCUGUGGAAGUAUCAUCUGAAUAGUGCCACGUUACAGCCAGGAUUCAUUGAAUUCACCAUCAACCGGGCCACGGUGCAGCAGGACACUUUUCAAUCGCUGAGGACGUCUUCCCAUGACCCAAGAUUAAAACUUGCGGUGAAGUUUAAUGAGGAAUAUGAUAUGCAUCUUGGAGGUGUCAUAAUGGAGUUCUUUCACCUCCUUGCAAAAGAACUUCAGAAGGCAGAACUACAAAUACUAGAAAAGAAUGAUGACGGAGUGGCCUGGUUCAGCAAGAAUGUCGCCCAGCUGACUGAUGAGUUCUUCCUACUGGGCACGCUCUGUGGCAUGGCUCUGUAUAACCAGUGCCUGAUGAACAUCCCCUUCCCCUUGGCUCUCUUCAAGAAGCUCCUGGGCUUGAAGCCAACCCUGGACGACCUCAAGGAGCUGUCGCCAACCGUUGCACAGAGUUUAAAGGAUCUGCUGGACUAUGAAGAGAAGACUGUUGAGGACCUACAGUUGGAUUUCGGAGGGGAUGCAGAAGAUUUGGAUCUUCUACCUAAUGGAGAGUUAAUUCAAGUGACCAAAGACAACAGGCAGAAAUAUGUGGACCUCCAAGUGGACAUGGUGUUCAGCCGCUCGGUGGAGCAUCAGUUCAGGGAGUUCGAGAGAGGCUUCUCUAGAGGCUGCCCUUCACCCGAGUGGAGAAUGUUCCUCCCUGAUCAACUCAUGACGCUCCUCAAAGGAGAAGAGGUCUUCAACUGGGACGAUCUGAGACAGAAUGCAAAAUAUGGAGGCUGCACAUCCAACGAUGAAGUUAUCAAAAACUUUUGGAUCGUCUUCGCAGAGUUCUCCGUGGAGCAAAAGAAGGACUUCCUAAUAUUCAUAUCUGGAACGGACAGAAAUCCCAAACUUCGCAGUUCAACAAUCAUGAUAAAGAUCAACUUGUCGUGUUACCAAGAGCCUGAGCUGUACUAUCCAGAGGCUGUGACCUGCUAUUGGACUUUGAAUCUCCCAAACUACAGCAACAUCCAAACGCUUCGUCAGAAACUCCUUCAUGCGGUCGAGUGUUGUGAUACUUUUGGAUGACAGUGAAAUAGUUUAACCUAAUCGAGACUGCGACAUACGGUGGCAUAUCACUGGGCAAAUUUGCUGCCACUUUUCUUGAUUUUAAUUCCAAUCAUUUAAAUUUCACUUUUGGCUGUUUGACCACACAAUGUCUGUUGAAAUUGGGACAAAGUCGAAAGCUGGCCAUGAGUUAAUUGCACUAGAGAAGCUGAUAGAUAUGUGCUAUUCUAACAACCAGCAACAAUGAUCCUAUCAUUAAGAGAUAGACAGUAUUCAAGGGAGCAAAUGAGAACUCGGAUUCAACAAGCCAUUUAGCUUUUUUGCCUAAAGCUAAUUGGCUUUGUUCCAGAAGAGAACAAAGCUUACAGUCAUCCAAAUUCUUAAUUGUACACCAUUUAGUUUUUUUUAUGUAUUUAUUUAAUUUAUAGGUAAUUAAUAGCAUCAUGUUUCAGCAAUUUAGAUAAUUUUGUAACUGAAAAACUUUUAUUUUCAUAAUCUUCCUCAAAGGUGCAAUAGAUGUUACUCAAUUCAAUAUAGUUAUUCACGACCCAAAAAGUGCAGUUGCAUGAUUAUGUAAGCAAAGCUAACCCUGCAACCUGCUUCAUACCUACACUGUGCCUGUAGUCUGCCUCAUCUGUGCUACAAAUUAUAAGAUUGAUAACGGGAGCCAACAGCCGUGAAGCUAAACCUUCUCUUGAGGCGAAACCACCAACUGUGCAAACUAAUAAAGUUAUAAAGGAAUCAU